AUGCAAACUCUCAAGGAAGAAGUAGACCAGAGAAAGCUUGAGAUCAGAGAGAAUGACAAGUUCUAUAACAGGCUUCUCUCUAGAGAUACCUCCAUUAGAAACAGCUCCUUCAGAGUCUACUAUGGUGGGGCAACUGGUUCAAUCCCCUUCAACUGGGAGUCUCAACCAGGUACACCAAAACACUCUUUCACCUCAGAUAAACUUCCCCCUCUCACUCCUCCUCCUUCCUACCACUUUCUCUCUCAUCACCCCCCUCCCACAAAAACCUCUCAAACAAAGAGAAUGAUGGGCAUUUUACCUAAGAUAGCCCUUCGAAAGAGGGAGGCAUCGCAGGCAAGUAGGCUCUCGGCCUCCGGUUCCAUGUCUUCUAUGAGUUCUAUGUCAUGGGGUGGAGACGACGCGCACGAGUUCUCAUUCUGUUCAUCGCCGACCUCUCCAUUGCAUUUCUCAUCACACGGCGAGUUUGCCAGCUUACGAGGAUGUGGAUCCGUCGCAGCCAUGAAACAUGUGUGGUCGUCGAUCCUAGGCCGUCGAAUCGCAUGA